CGCUCUGUCGUCGUCAGUCGCCAUGACCUCGGCCAAGACGCUGAAGCUGGCCGCGUACGAGCUGCUCCAGUUCGCCGCGCUGGUCGUCCCCGCGUUGGCGCUCGCCGAGCGCUUCGCCCGCCUGCUGAGCGACGUGAGGGGACGCGACGACACCGCCUACUGGCUGGCGGUGGCCUCCUCAGUGGCCUACGUGACCUCCUGUGCCCUCCUGGUGUGGGUGCCCCUCAGGUAUCACGUCCUGAGGGGGCGGAGAUUCAAGACCGCACGCUGGAGACCAACAGCGCUGGCGUAUCUCGUCUUGUGCACACUACCUUGCUUUGCUGUUGUGAUAGCCAGCUCCCAGGUGCAAGUCAACGCGGGCGUGCGACUGGACCACUUCGCCGAGUUGCCCGUCUCCUUGGUGAUGUUGUCGCUCACCUGCGUGGACCUGGUGGAGAGGAUACGGCCCUGCAGGCUCCUCGGACAAUUUGACAACCUGGACCUGACCUUUGAGCUGCCGGGCCCGGUUCUGACCCACCUGGAAACGGCCAGCUCGGUCUCCAACCAGGUGCAGCCCGACCAAAUCCAGAACGGUUCCCCGGCGAACCGUCAACCGGAGCCCCCGAACAAACCCGACGCCCCCCGCAGGCGUCCCGACGUCCCCGCGGGCCGUUCCGUGCCGAUCGCCUCCAGAACGUCCGGCGCCGCCUACCUGCGCUCGUCCUCGCGAGCCUUCUCGGGCCACCUGGGCUUCCUGGCGAGGAGAGACGCCAGGUCAGAGGUGUUUGUGGAUUGUUUCCUGUUCUGGUUGGACACGGCAGAGUUGGUCCGGGUGGCAGGGGAGCCGGCCGUCUUCUACUCGCCCUGGGUGUACCCCGUUUUCAUCCUGGCCUUCCUGUCCUGCCUGCGGGCGGUCCUCACCCCUGACGGACCGUUCUGGUCCUCAGCCGGGGUGGCCCUCCAGGACCUUCCCUUCUUGGUCAUGCGGGUGGCCCUGCUGGCCGUCUUCGGAACCGUCACGCCCGUCUUGUUUCCUGUGAAAAACGCCCUGGUCAGCCUGGCCUUCUUCUACUUCACCUGCAUGACCAGGAUGAAAAUAUUCAACAGGCGCAGCAUGUUCUGACAAUAUCACAAUAUAAUCAACAAAUUAUAAUAGAAAUAUUUUUGUACAGCACACUUGAAUCCAAGGAACCAUAUUUGGUUACCAAGACAGGAGUCAAAAUGGACAUCUCCCAGCAAAACGGAAAA